CAGCCUCUCAUUUGGUUGUUCCAAGAGGGGCAUCGCCGGGCAAUCCCACCAGUCCCUUGCUCCCUGUUCCUAGUCAGCCCUCUCGCUCUUAUCAGAUCCAUCAUCAGCCGCGCCAUUCAAUGCCUGUUCCAGCGGCCUGUUGGGUGAGCGUUUGUCAGAGUUUAUUUAUUCGGAUGCACAUUGCAACAAUUUCACCAUGGACCCCACCAUGACACACUCGGGCCCAUCCUGCCUGGAAUUGAACCAGCUGGGCUUCCACUUCCAAGAAUCCUAACACGCGAACUGUUCGCAGCUCCGACAGGUCCCGAUCUGUCCUCCUGGAAUCGGCAUACACUACGGUUCCCCUGUUGCAACUUGCAAGACUUUGGCCCAUCCUGCUGUUGUCCCGUGAGCAGCCAUGGACCUCUUGGGCAGAGGUGGGGUUGAAAAGAUUAUCAGAUGGGAUCCUUGACCAGAUCAAACUGGGAGACGCGUCAAAUCACGUCUGUCUCGCGGCUUCAUUAUUAAUUGAUUUUGACCCAGCCCUGUCCCCGGUCUUGGAACAUUGAGACCUUUUCUCGAAGAAUACAUAUUCCCGCUGUCUCGCAGACGAGGAAAACUAUUAUCAUUCAAAUGCCCAUUGCCUCUGGGUAUCCUGAUGCAGUCUGUUUCCCAAAACUCCUCGCUCAUGAAAAGCAACAAAUGAAAUAUAAAAACACAUCGCUUCAGCAUUGCCCUCCUAGCACCAUAUCCAAGCGCCCCUUGACACCUCCUGACGUCACCUGGGCAACUACACUAUCUCCGACCAGCCUUCCCACGAUUGUCUCUGGGGUCCUGCUUUGGUGUAAUCUGACGACCCGGAAGGCCUCCCCCGAUCGGAGCUCGCGGUGGUGUAAGAUUCCUCACAGGAGCUACCAGUGCACUUUGCGGGGCCGCUGUCAUGUCCCCUGUCUGCCGUCCAGAGCGUGCCGGCGUUACGGCGGCUGGAGUGGCAAGCGAUGGCAUCGUACCCGUUCUUGUGACCCCGGUUUCGACAUCCCGAUCCCCCUCGGCCCCUGCAAGUUCGUCCGGCAUCUCGACAAUACUGCCCGUCUCUGGAUCCUGAACGACACCAGCCUGGAGCGCCUUUGCCUUUUCCGUCAAGAAAGCGUCGAGCAGCCAGGCAUUCUUAGUGUUGGCUCGGUAGAAUACGUCCGCGAUGUCGCCAAUGAGAGGGAUAAAACCGAUUGCCAGAUCAAGCAUGAUGUUGGUGAACAUCAUGCCAUACAGACGCUUGGGAAGACCACCAUCGACCUUUGAGGCCUUCUUGAUGAGAGCAAGAGCCAUGAGGAAAUCUGCAAAGUCGCCAAUGCUACAAAACAUUUGUUAGCCCAUGUUUGGUCACACAGAGACAGCUGAUGAUACUUACACAGGAAUCAAACCGAUGAUGGCGGACCAGCCGAACCGGAUGGGAAUGCAGCAACAACUGAACCCCAUGUCCCAACGAUAGGCUCUUCGGCGGAUCUUUCUGAGAAUAUUGGCGUCAUUCUUGGAAAGCCCUUGGGGAAUAGGUCUCUCCUGAGUCUUGUACUUUGCGACCUUUCCGUUCUUGUAGACCGGGACUUUUUCGAGGUAAGGGUUCUCCGAGUUGGUAUUUGUCUUGUCCUUCCCCAGCUUCUUGAGAGCCUUCUUCUCCAGGAUUUUGAUGGCCACGUUCAUGGUGAUUUGCGGUGAUCGAUGUCGAUCAAAAAAAAAAUUCAAAAGAAUGUUUAUGAAAUAAAAGAAUGGGAACAAAACACACAGAGCACGAGAAACACAGAAAAAAACAGAGGCCGAGAGUUGAUAUAAAAGUCGACGCUUUGUUGCGGGCUCCGGCGGCUGUCAAGUUGGCCUCCGGCUGGUUGUAAGUGAGGUAUUGGUCGCGGCAGGCUCUUUGUCCGUUUCAGGUUCGCGCUUGUCAGACCCAAGUUGGAAACGCUUUUGGCGCCAGAGUCAACGAACCAGAGGGUCGGGAUGUUGGUCUGCUGUACUAGAGAGACAAGAAGCGACAAGGUCAAGUAAAAAAGCACCAGCUGGACCGUGGCAGCUCCCAUCUUGCUUUAUGUCUGCUGGCUGGCCCAUGGCUCAACAUCUAGCCCGGUGCAUCAAACGUCUUCUUGUUUCCGCGUGAUGACGUUCUUGGGCGACCUCCCUGCAGCUUCAAGGUGUAACCCCUGCUCAGCGUGCCCGUGUGGCGCGAGACUGCCACACACUUGUGUGUUGUGGUAGGCCUCUUCCAGAUGCACCAUCUUGUGCGGGGAGCGGGGCAUUGCACCGCCACAUCCACUCCUGGCAGAAGCUUAACUGAGCAGGAUGUGGCGUUGAAUCCCUGGACUGGUGGGGUGAAUUGGGCUCUAGCCACAGUUGGGUUCUGCGAACAUCUCCAGUCUGCGCCAGUGGAGACAAAUCACUGCCGUCCACGUCUGCACACGUCUCUCCCCAUCCCAUUCAAGAUUCCAUGGUUGACCUGCCGAUAGCGUUUGUCGACAGCUCCCGCCCAAUCCGGCCACACACCUGAGCCUUUUCUCUCACCUUCCUAUCACUGCUUUGCUUUGUAUCUUUGCAAAUUUUCUCUUGCUUGUCCAUUCUAGACUCUGAAGCGCACACAUUGCCUUGCGGUGGGGAAACUCUUACCUUUGCGAUUUGGCGGUCCAAGCCUGAACCUGCCGAGCCAGUCCGCCAGCGAAGCCCUCGCCAAACAAACACAAAUCGAUCGACCAGAAACACAGACCACUUCCUUACCUCACUCCGUACCCGCAAACACCUCCGACCUAAAACCGCAAAGUAGUUCCCACGCAACCUGGACUGCCUUUUACGCUGUUGCUGCCCUACAGACGACCACCCCUCAGGAAACCAGGCUGUUGAUAUGCCACACCACAGCACACUGUCAUGGCCGAAAACAAGAUGCAGCUCGAAGAUUGGUUGGACGACCUUUGUGUCCGAUUCAUCAUAAACCUGCCCAAGGAGGAUCUGUCAUCCGUGGCCCGAAUUUGCUUCCAGGUCGAAGAGGCACAAUGGUUCUACGAAGAUUUUAUACGUCCGCUGGACCCUACACUCCCAUCGAUGUCGCUCCGAAGUUUCUGUCUUCGAAUCUUCCAGCACUGUCCCCUGCUGGCCUCCUUCUCGGCUGAAAACCACAUGCGAGCGUUCGAGGAGUUUCUCCAGUACAAGACCAGAGUUCCCGUCAGAGGAGCUAUCCUGCUGAAUGAGGCCAUGGACUCGACUGUGUUGGUCAAGGGCUGGAAGAAGGGCGCCAACUGGAGUUUCCCCAGAGGUAAAAUCAACAAGGACGAGGAUGACUUGGACUGCGCCAUUCGAGAGGUCUACGAGGAAACAGGUUUCGACAUCAGGGAAGCUGGGCUGGUGCCUAGGGAUGAUGAAGUGAAGUACAUCCAGAUGUCGAUGCGGGAUCAGCAAAUUCGACUCUAUGUUUUCCGGAAUGUGCCCAUGGACACCAACUUCCAUCCAAAGACCAGGAAAGAGAUCAGUAAAAUUCAGUGGUACAAGCUCUCUGAGCUUCCCGCGUUUCGGAACCGCAAGGGGAAUCAACAGGAUGAUGCCGCUGCGGCUUCGAAUGCGAACAAGUUCUACAUGGUGGCUCCUUUUCUUGUCCAACUCAAGAAAUGGGUCCAACAGCAAAAGCAGAAGGACGCAGCCCGCGGAUCGCAUGUACCUGUCCAUAUUCCUAUCGAAGAACCUCUCACAGAGGAUGACCUCGGUACCCAGACAGAGCCUGUUGCUGGGCCCACAGAGAGCAUCGAAACCAUUGAAGGGGCGACGGCUGAGCUUCAGCGUCUUCUCCAGGUGCAGCCUCCCCCUAGUGGGACACAUGUGAACCCGCACCCUGCUCCGGCGGCGACAGCCAACAAAGGGAACGCUCUGUUGGCCCUUCUUCAAAAGAAUACUGAGACCGAGGCGGCUCAUCUUCCUCAAGGGUAUCACGAGCAGCCCCAGCAUUAUCAACAGCUGCCCCAGCAACAUCACCAACAGCCUCCGCAGCAUCAACAUCAGUAUUACCAGCAGCAGCAGUACGGUAACCAAGUCCCGCACACGCCGUUGGAGCUCACUUACACGACUGCUCCGGAGCCGCACACUCCGCACCAUCAUCAUCCAACCAAUCGGUUACCUGUACCACCUAAUCAGCCGCCGCCCAACUUCCCUAUCCAGCCUCACGGGAAUCAAAAUGUCUCUCAAGAAUACUUUACACAACAGCGGGUCCCCCACCAGAUGCCUACCCAGGCCUACGGGGAUAACUCGUACAUGGCUGGCCCGCGUCCAGUGCAGAAGGAACCCGUUCUUCUCCACCCGCAGCCGUUGCCCCCCCAGGUUCAGCAAUCACUUCUCACCAGAAGCAUUCUCCAGACUCCCAACAUUCCAGAGACUGCCCACCACAAUGGUAUGCAAGCGCCGCAGGGAAGCCACCAUUCGAUCCCGGUCCAGGGGCAAGAUGGGGCUGGUUAUCAGAAUCAAGGAGCACCUCGAAAGGCUGCUCCUCAGCUGACACAUCAUCACAUGUCUCUUCUGAAUGCUUUCAAGAGCAAUACCUCCCGUACACAAGAAACAACGCCGGUGGCUACCCCUCAAAGCGAUGUCGCUCCCGCGGGACAGCAGCACGCUGGCUAUCAUCCGUCUGGACAGGGCUGGCCCAGUGCUCCAUCCCAUACACAAGCUCCCAACCCAGCUGCGCAGUAUUUGCCGCACCACGCGGCGAAUGUUCCUCAGGGUUAUGGUGAGCGGUAUGGGCCUCAGUCGCAGCAUGCAGUGGCUCCACAAGUGUCACAACACGCCACCGCAAACCCAGUUGUGGCCCCAAGGCCGUCGCAAUCAACGGAGUCGCACCGCUCGGCGUUGUUGGACAUGUUCAAAAAGCCAGGCCGUGGAAGUCCCCUAAGCAACGAAAUCACAAGAUCGUCCAUCAAGUCGGACGGUGGACGGCCAGGAUAUGGGUCCAAUAAUAGCCAGCCAUAUGGCGGACCUUCCAAUGCGGAGGCCAUCGCCCGAGCUGCUGAAGCCAAUGGUGCUCCCGUCCAGAUGAAUCCAGAGCUCAACCUUCCAUACAGGGCCGUUCAGAUCCUCACUCGGCCCAAGCAGCCCGAGUCGGCCCAAAGCAAUGACUCGAUGGACUCGCAAAUCCAUCGUCUUCAGAGACGCUUGAGCCCCCAGAGGAAGGAUGCCAGGAAUUCAGGCUCUGGUCUUCCGUCUCCGCGGGACCGCUCUUUGUUCCAUCAGCUUGACCAGGAAACGAAGAGGUCCCCCCAGCUCCCGCCAGCCCAGGCGGCCAGCCUUCCAUACGGUCAGCCUCAGCCUCAGCGCCAGUCGCCGUACGCAAGUCCUACUUUCCCGCCUCAGCAACCUGUUGGUCCGCCCCAGCAACUGCAGCAGCAUCAGCAAUAUCAGCAUCAUCAGCGUCAACCUAGUGGCAACGCGGACCAGAAGCAGAAGUUGCUGUCGCUUUUCGGAAAGGCACAGCCCUCGCCCACUGGGCUUUCGGCCAACGGCAAGAUGAAGGAGUCCAUGGUGUAUGAUCAAGUCCGGUCUACUACUCCCAGAUCGAGAGUUGCGUCUCUUGCGUCACAGGGCAACGCCGGCGGCAUGGCUCCGUCAGUCACAGGCGUGGAGAAUGUCCAUGCAACCGGCAACAGUAGUCGGGUACCGAGCGCAACCAACUCUCGCCGGGGCAGCCAGACACCCAUCUCCCCGGCCGAUCGGAACUUUUUGCUUUUGUAUUUGGAGUCGGUGUCUAAUCAGGCGCGCUCCCAGACAUGA